GAGACACCCGGGUUUACGAUCAGAAUGCCUUGUCUUGUGAUGGUCUGAUUGUGAAGUACGACAAGGAAAGUCCCAGGACCGAUCCGCGAGCGCCACAUCAUCUGGUUCGGCUGGAAGCUCGUCCUCGUCCUUCCCGUCGCCGUCUACGUCGUUGCUCUCCUCCUCCUCCAUUUUUCAGGCCGAUAUCGCCUCUCCGAACUCCUUAUCUAGCGCGAGGACGAGAUCUCGGGUUUCCUUAAAUAGCUACGACGGGUAUCCCAAGAUCGACUUCCUCUUCCUCGCCCGUCGGGACCUACCUCUUGAUUUUCCCUGGAGCACCUUCUUUGAGAAUGCUGAUGCUGGUAAUUUCUCUAUUAUAUACACCCUCGGAGCCUGGGUUUGUCUUUUAUUAAUCGAAUUCGGGCGCGCAAUUCUUUUAUGGUCGCCAAUCGAGUAAUAGCAUUAAAGUGAUCAAUGUUCGGCUUUGUAUUUUGAGUUUCAGGUAGUGGAAAGAAGGGAAUUAUAGUUUGGAGUUUUAAGUUUUUGUUGGUAGUGAAAGCAGGGAACUUUUUAAGAUUCAAAGUUGUGAUUUUUCUUCUAUUGUUGGUUGGUGGAUGGAAACUGAAAGGAUGAAUUAGAAACUUGUUAAGUUCAAUGGCAUAUCUGAUUUUGAGUUCGUACGUGGUCUCUUAUUGCAGGUGAGAUGGGGAGAAUCAAGCAUGAUAGAAGUGGAGAGAUUGUUGCUUGCAGUUGCUCUAGAAGACCCAGCGAAUCAAAGAUUUGUCCUGCUUUCUGACAGUUGUGUUCCUCUUUACAAUUUUAGUUAUAUAUACAAGUAUCUGAUGGCUUCUCCAAGGAGCUAUGUGGACAGGUAGAUGGCAGCCUGCUUGAUUCUUGAGGUGCCUAUAAUUGAUUCUUUACAAAUGGUUCCAUGAUAAAUGAAAUGAUAGUGUUCUAUCUGUUUUAAGCCUUUUCUGGUUCCUACCGAAGAAAUCACUUCAUUUUGUAGCUUUCUUAAUGUAAAGGAUGGUAGAUACAGCUCAAAGAUGUCAUCUAUCAUCCCAAAAGACAAGUGGCAAAAAGAAUCGCAGGUUAUCCAUUUUCUGUUAUAGAUAACAUUAAAUUAAUAUAGAGAUGGUUGAGUGUUGGGGGAACUGGAUUUUUUAAUGAACUGCUUUAGAUACUUCAACUGGAUUUAAUAAGUGAUGGGAAUUGAUUAUUUCCAUCUUUGCCUCUCUUGCCUUCUAAAAAUAGUUGAAGAUUGAGAUGUAUCCUUGUCUAUUUCUCAUGAGUUUUAUGUCUUUUAUUACCACCCGGUACAAAAAAUUAAGCUCCGGUUUGAACUUAUUUACAUUUGCAGUGGAUCUCCUUGGUAAGAAGCCAUGCUGAAGUUGUUAUAAAUGAUGAGAGAUCAUUUUUCCAGUUUUUAAGAAAUUAUGCAAGGUACACAAUUAACCAUUCUGUCCUUGGUUCCAUUCCACUAAAUAUUAGAUGCUCAUAUCUGCUAAUUUUGAUUUCUGAAGAAAAGAUUAUGAAACAGGCCGCUUUUUGUAUUGACCAUAUCUCAUUAAUGCUAUCGUAAAGAAAUUAAGCUAAUCCAGAUUGUUGUGGUUUGUGAAUAAUUAUCUUUUAUUUUU